CAGGAUUCGCCUUCUAAUAAAAACAGUAUCAUUGGCCAGCUCGGUCACCGGAAUUAGCGGAGUUAGUUCUCUGUAGAGAGUCAGCGGCCAUUCCGUGGUUUAUGCACUCCAGUCCAAGUAUAGGAAUGCCGAUCAAUCACCAAGCGCAAUGGUUAUCUGAAACGCUCUAUUCCGAGCGCCGACUCGCCUGCUAUUGCAUUUUCCAAUUUCUUCUUCUUUUAAAGAUACCGUUUCUCUCCGUUUAAAUUUCCAGUCUUUUGUUGAUGUUCAACAACUUCUCGUCAACGUGCUCACCUGGAUCUCGCCUGGCGUAAUGGCUGAUCUUGAGAAGACCAAUACCGCCACAUCGAAGCAGUCUCAUCGAUCGCAGAGGUUGGAAGCUUCUCAGUCCGUCACUACAGCUUACUCGGCGCCUCACAUUGACAACCAGUCUGCUUUUUAUGUCACGUCGAACGGCGAGGAUGGCGAUGAAGACGGCGACAAUUUAGACGGUGUUGUUCCCGCUUACACCAACCAAGACGAACCCAGCAGCAAAGGCGACCUCGAGAGUGGCAGUCAGGCUGUUGAACUACAAAAGGCUCGGACGGCUAGAUCUCAGCGUUCUGAGAGAGAUCCUAAAUUGGUUAGGUGGAAAGGUGCCAAUGACCCCGAAAAUCCAAAGAAUUGGUCAAUGAAGAAGCGAUGGUCAGCUGUAUUUGUUGUGUCAUGCUACACGUUGAUAUCGCCAGUGUCUUCGUCCAUGCUUGCCCCUGCCCUUGGCUCGAUCGCCAAGGACCUGAAAAUUCAUAAUGAAAUUGAACUCGAGAUGACUUUAUCGAUUUUUGUCCUUGCAUAUGCCAUCGGGCCUCUCUUUCUCGGGCCUCUUUCUGAGAUUUACGGCCGGGCUAUUGUUUUACAGUUAGCGAAUUUGAUAUAUUUAGUUUUCAACAUCGCAUGUGGCGUGUGUCAGACCAAGGGACAGAUGAUUGCCUUUCGUUUCUUAUCUGGUCUAGGCGGUAGUGCCCCUCUGGCGAUCGGAGGUGGUGUCAUGAGUGACUGCUUUCAAGCCCAUGAACGUGGGCGAGCAAUGGCUAUUUACAGUUUGGCGCCUCUUUUGGGACCUGCUAUUGGGCCAAUUGCUGGUGGUUUUAUUUCUGAGAAUACAACAUGGAGAUGGAUUUUCUAUGCCACCUCGAUUGCCGAUGGGCUCAUUCAAAUAGUCGGACUUUUCGCAUUACAAGAAACGUAUACGCCCACACUUCUGCUACGAAAAGCCAAGAAGCUGCGCAAAGAGACAAAUGAUCCCACCUGGCAUACUGAGUUUGAAGACCCCAAUCGUUCGCUCUUGAAAACCCUCAGCGUCUCAUUGCGCCGACCAUUCAUACUAUUAGCUACGCAGCCGAUUGUGCAGGUUCUAUCGGUAUUCAUGGGCUACAUCUACGGGCUUAUGUAUCUGAUGCUGGCAUCCUUCCCUACCCUCUGGAACAGCCCCGACUACUACAACGAAUCAGUCGGAAUCGGAGGAUUAAACUACAUAUCUCUCGGGCUAGGCUUCUUCCUUGGAUCGCAAAUCAGCGCACGCCUAAACGACCGAAUCUAUCAAAGGCUCACCAAACAAAACAACGGCGUUGGACGGCCAGAAUUUCGAACUCCUCUUCUAUUCGUUGGCGCGGCUUUGAUCCCAACCGGCUUGUUCAUCUACGCUUGGACUGCGCAGUACAAAGUCCACUGGAUUGCGCCAAAUAUCGGGGCUGCUAUAUUCUGUGUUGCCGCGAUUAUGUCGUUUCAGUGUAUCCAGGUGUAUCUGGUUGAUGCAUAUACGCGUUAUGCAGCCAGCGCGCUGGCAUCGGCGGUUGUGUUGCGGUCGUUGGCGGGGUUUGGGUUUCCGCUUUUCGCGCCGUACAUGUUCAAAGCUCUGAAUUAUGGCUGGGGGAAUAGUCUCAUGGCCUUUAUUUCGAUAGGUAUUGGGUUUCCGGCGCCGGUGCUCUUGUGGAAGUAUGGCGAGAAACUGCGCAAGAUGAGCCCUUAUGCUGCUGGUUAAUAUGUUCGCCUACAUCUGGAGGACUAAAAGUUUAAUUUUUCACGAUUAAUGCUAGAGUAUUACAGUAUUACAUGUAGAUAAUUAAUCGGAGUAGGCUAAUUAUCAAUACAAUUUUAAACAUGAC